CGCACGUGACCUUUGCAAGGAACUCGCAGUAAGAAAAAACACGAAGAGAAAACUUCCCACAGUGUCACCAAGCAAUUGCCUAGUCUCUUCGUUUAGCAUUGAAUCCGGCUGCGAUUUAACUGUUAAGAGCGAGAUUUGUAAAAAAAACACCUUUGGAGGUGACAAUGUAGACAAGAAGCUUUCGAACUCAGGCUUCUGACAAGAGUGGUUCGAGAAGCGUGACAAGAGGGCGAGGAGACAGGAGAGAUAUAGUGGAGAAUAUAGAGAAACAAGACAGAUGUGGAUUUUUCCCUCCACAUUUAGAAUCAACAUCACGCGUUUAGAUUUACGUGUCUGCUCUACAAUUCCACUUGAUAAGCCACUUCGUUGAGCUGCUAUCAUUUGUGAUAGCCAGGUUGCUCUUGAAAAAGAGUUACACAGCUCAGUGGGGCCUUAACCCGGUGAAAUAAAAAAAUAUAGUUUAAAUGUAGUUGAAGAGAAAAAUAAUAUUACAGAGCCGUCAUAGGAGGUGAGAAAGAAGUCGAUUGUCUGAGGGCGAGGAGUGAGGAGCGAUGAACUUCAUGACCAAGCGGAGGAGCUCGCCUGGGCUGGCGCUGAGAGGAACAAUCCUACUGAUGGUGUGUUGUGCACUGCAGGAGCCGUCUGCCGCCAAGGAGUGUGGAGAUGGAUUCUACAAAACACCACGAGGAGUCUGCUGCCGGUUGUGCCCUGCAGGGACGUUCAAGGUGAAGGACUGCACAUCUGAUGGAAGGAAAGCUUUGUGUGACCUGUGCCCUAAGGGCACUUUUUUGCACAGAGACAACCAGGACGAGAAGUGCUCAUGGUGCAGCAGCUGUGGUUCCGGCGAGGAGGUGGCUGUGAACUGCUCCGUGGCCCAGGACACGAUGUGUCGGUGCAUGGAGAGGCUCAAGAGAGAUGGCGAUUCGGGAAUUUGUCUGCCUGAGGAGACACACUCAGACGCCACGUCAGUCGUGUUGGCAGCAGUCCUCAUCUUCUUCGUCCUGACUGCACUCGUGUUGCUCAUAGUUAACUUCAACAUGAAGCAGAAGUGGUUGACUUUUAAAAGGAUGUUGAAGCGAUCCGACACUCCUACAAAUUAUGAGCAUGAUGAAAAUCUAUCGCUUGUUCAUAUAAUGCGAAAUGAACACAAGGUGCCAUUUGGAGUUCAGAGGAGCAAUGAUAGCAGCGAUACAAUGCAACUCAUCCAAGAGAACAAAGAGAAUCUCAAGACCUGGAUCGGAACGGAUCCCUCGGCUUUCCUGGAGCAUCUCAACGGCCUCAAUUUGAUACCACGGCGUGUUCAUCAAGCGGCUGUCGACAAGGGCGGAGAGGAGAGUGUGGAGCUCGUAUUGGACCACUGCAUCAGCCAGGGAGAGUCGGGCUGUGAGAAACUGUGGGACGCCCUCUACUCUGUGAGGAAGCAAUACGUGCAGCUGUGGAUGUGGAUUCAGAAACACGGCGAGGCAUUGAGGGCCAUUCGAGAUAAGGAGUCGGAUCUGAAGCUGUGGAUUGCCAAAGACCCCAAACAUCUUCUGCUCCUGCUGAUGAGCCGAGGACGAAUCUCGAACGAGCUUUUCACUGAAGCCAAGAGCAUCCGGGAUGGCGCGGAGUGUGCGGAGCUGCUACUCAAAUACUUCAUAGAGAGAGGGAACGAUGACUGCCUCAGGCUUCUGUUUGCUGUGCAAGCCGUGCGGGACGAGUAUCCUGGAGUCAAGGAGUGGCUGGAAGGCCUUGGCUUCCUCAGGAGACUCUCCACGUGCCCCGUGGAUCUGAACAGCUACAGCGAAAAUUUCCUCCGGGACAAAAUCCGCUUCCAGACGAGGAAGCUGCUCCUGGCACUGCGGGACGACCUGACGCCUCUGGUCUCCCAAUUGCAUAUCAGGAACAUACUCACCGACAACAGUGUGAGGGAAGUGAAAAGAAUGCAAGCUCGGCAAGGCAGCGAGAAGGCGACGCAGCACAUGGUGGAGUUGGUGAUGGCGAGAGGGCGACCCAGGGUCAAGCAAUUCUGGGAGGCGCUGUGGGACCUCAGGGAAAGUUACCCAGACCUAAAGGACAUCUUUGAGAAAUUCUAAUGGUUGGAACCAGAAAGAGAGGAAGACCUAACAGAGAAUGGCUUGACGACAUCAUAACGAGAUUGGUGCCAGAAAGAUGUGGCCACUACUUGAGCAGAUUGACACUACAAGACAGAGAGAGGAAAUUGGAAACAACAAAUCUUGAUUUAAAGCUUUCGUGACGGCAGAAAUUCAUACUCUCUGGGUCUUUCGGUAAAGUCACGUAGAUAGAAUAAGAUUAUUAUUCUAAAUAGAAUAAUAAUAUUUUUAUUCUG